AUGGCCUACGGUUCAUUCCAGCGCCAGCAGCAGUCUAGACUGAAAAUUCUCAAGAAGCAGUCGGAUUACCUGAUGAAGGUCGGUCAAAUCGCUUACGAGACUCACAGCCUUCGAAAAGAAGAAGUCGCCGCGAAGGAAGCUUUUCGCCAAGAACUGGAAAACAUUGCCCAAGCCGCUCUUUCUGCCAUCUACCCUGCUCUAGAUGUAAGCCAAGUUAAAUUAAAGUGCUUUGGCAGCCUUUCAAAUGGCUUCGGUCUUGCCGGUAGCGACAUGGAUUUGCUUCUAGCACUGCCUGAUCAUCCGCAUGGUUGCUCGACUCACAACUUGACAUCUUUCUCUGAGCAACAGCAUCAAGCUUUCGAAGUCGAUCAAGAUCCGGAAGAGCAAGGGUUCAAAGUUGAGGCCCGCCGCAUCUUAGAAAAGGCAUUCCUUGACUGUGGAUAUGGGGCAAGACUGCUUACCAACACCCGUGUUCCCAUCUUGCGAGUUUGUUCGAGCCCUGGCGCUGAGCUGCUCAGUAACUUGCGAGAGAAUCGUGGCGCAUGGGAAAAGACUUUUUCCCAAAGUGUGACCGAGAGAGGAGUAUCCAGCCCUGAGGAAUCAGGCACGGUACGCAAAAACGAUGUUACAGCAGACAUGGGUUUGAUUGAAAAUAAACUCACAGAGCUCAAUCUAAUGGAUUCGGUCAACCCUACGAGAACGACACGUGACAAUACUAAAUUGGAGUUCAUCGGAGAUGUGGGUAUCCCAUGUGACAUCAAUUUCACCAACUUCGUUGCUGUUCACAAUUCUAUACUCUUGCGACUUUACCAUGACUUUGACUCCCGUGUCGCGGAUCUGGGCUUCUUUGUUAAGGUCUGGGCGAAGGCUAAGGACAUCAAUACUCCCUAUCGAGGCACUUUGUCAAGCUAUGGCUAUAUUCUAAUGGUUCUGCACUAUUUAAUGAACGUUGCAAAACCUGCAGUGAUUCCCAAUCUUCAGGCUCUCGCGAAAGUUGAGGAUAGCUGGUACCCAGACAGGCCAAUCGAGCUGUAUAAAGGAUAUGAUAUUCGCUUCCUUCGAGGCCGGAAAGAAAUUGAAGAAGCGCGUGCGACGAUGACCAAAAAUACUCAAUCCACUGGUGAACUUCUCCGUGGCUUCUUCCAAUAUUAUGCAGUACGGGAUGGGUUUCAUUGGACACGUGACGUGAUAUCCAUCAGAGAGAGGACCGGUCGUGUGACAAAGGCACAAAAGGGAUGGACCGAAGCGAAGUGGUCACAGCAGGAGAAGCGCCAAGUUCGCCUCCGCUACCUUCUUGCCAUUGAGGAUCCAUUCGAGGUCGAACACAAUGUUGGACGAACAGUUGGCCACAAUGGUCUGGUAGCGAUUCGCGAUGAAUUCCGUAAAGCAAAUGCAAUUCUGGAAAAGCUUGGAACAGAUGCCGAAGUGCCUCUUGAAGAAUUUCUGGCGCCAGCUGCCAAUCGUGGAGACACGCUGAGGAAAGACCAAGAGUAUCAUCGACAAAAGCAGUUGCAACUGAAACAAGAACUCGAGGCCAAGGAGAAAGGAUUGAUGAGUAAUGUCAGUGAUGAAAAUCCUGAUGUGAACGUAGAUGGUAUGUCAGGAAUUCCUCACCAGGUACAAUCCCAGGGCGCUGGCUGCAAUCCGAUGCACCGCCAUCGAGGAUCGGACCCAAAGCUGACAGGGAGCAUACACCAGGGAGUGGAGAAGAAGCAACGACAACCAUGGCGUCAAAGGAGAGUCAAAAUUGACAGCGACAGUGAGGAUGAUGACUCAAAGGAUUCGAAUACCACCCGAACCGAAAGUAGCCUCCCGGACAGCGAUACCUUGCUAUUGGACGAGAACAAUACCCGAAGCGGAGUUCACUUUGCACCAGGUCAAGUCAGCAUCUUGAACGGUUUCGAUGAAUUCGGAAAUAUUACACCAUGGGAUCAGAGCACACAGGAUGGACGUUGGCUGCAAUGGAGAGACUGCAAAAUUCUCCAAGGAAAAAUCCUAGACUUUCGCGAACCGUCACUACGAGAGCUUGAUGAGCAGUGUCCUUAUGACCCACGACGAGUCCACUUACCGAGUCAAACCUAUAGACAAAGAAAGGAAAGAGAAAAGAGCGUGCGACCGCCAUGGCCUUUACCGGACCCAAAAUCCAAAGCAAGCACUGGAAGUAUUGGUGAUGCCUCUCAGGAUGGCUGGCUGAAGACCUCCCGAUUGCGUAAGGCAAAAUCUGGACCGAGAACGCGGGUAGCCAUAGAGGUGGAAGAAUCGAAGCAAAGCCCAGGCACUGGAUCAAUUACCGCAGUGCAAACCUCAAGAGAGGCUACACCACAACCAAAAGAACCGGAUUUGUUGGUCAGUCCCAACUUUGACUUUGUUCGAGCACAGCGAUUAGCAUUCUUUGCGAAGCCAGAAUCACCUGCCGCCAGUGUGCACAAGAGCAAUGCAAGCUUCUUUCUGCGUGGCGAACCUGCCGACCCCGACAAUAAUACGUGUCAGCACAAAACCUCAGAUGAUGGUCCCGCCGUUGUCGUCAUGGGUCUAAUGCAGCGUUCAAGUCCUAUUGAACAUACAAUGGUAUCGACCGAAGCGGACUGCGCUCCAGUUAGCGGUGAAAAAUCCCCAUCUCAACAAACGCCUUUCAAUGCAGCUCCAAGUGGUAGUGUUACCAGUGCGUCAUCUCCUUCACACGCACCUUUGGCUGUACCCGCGACACUUUUCUCAGGAGUGAACAGAGAUAGUCGACCAUGGGAUGAAGAUCCCAACAUUAUGCCUAUCCCACAAGAGCUUGGAUUUGAGUUUGACACACGUCAACUCCAGGAUCUUAACGCGAUUGCACGUGGAGGAAACGGCUGUGCUCGUGAUGGGGCAGGGUUCAGUGUGGAACAGGAUUAUGACUGGGGUGGAGGAGGUAUGAUGGGUUACAAGUCCAGCACCAGUGCUCAACAAGUCCCUGAGAGUGAUCCUGCUAGCCCAUACCAGGGAGGUAAAGGGGACGAUGAAGGGCUUCUGGCCGAAUUACCUGGAGCAUUGGAAUGA